CCGGGCCCUGAGAAGGGGGUGGGGGGGUUCGUUAUCGGCGUUGGGCUCCGGCCGGUGUGGCGGCGCUUUCUCCUCUGUGCACGGGGAGCUGCUCAGGCUGGAGGCCAGCCAGCUCUUGCCGCCGCCUCGGUAGCGAUGGGGGCGCAGGACCGGCCGCAGUGCCACUUCGACAUCGAGAUCAACCGGGAGCCGGUUGGUCGCAUUAUGUUUCAGCUCUUCUCAGACAUAUGUCCAAAAACAUGCAAAAACUUCCUUUGCCUAUGCUCAGGGGAGAAAGGCCUUGGGAAAACAACUGGGAAGAAGUUAUGUUACAAAGGUUCUACAUUCCAUCGUGUGGUUAAAAACUUUAUGAUUCAGGGUGGGGACUUCAGUGAAGGUAAUGGAAAAGGUGGAGAAUCAAUUUAUGGUGGAUAUUUUAAAGAUGAAAACUUUAUUCUCAAACAUGACAGAGCGUUCCUUUUGUCAAUGGCAAAUCGAGGGAAACAUACCAAUGGUUCCCAGUUUUUCAUCACCACAAAACCUGCUCCGCACCUGGAUGGGGUUCAUGUUGUCUUUGGACUAGUUAUUUCCGGUUUUGAAGUAAUCGAGCAAAUCGAAAAUCUGAAAACCGAUGCUGCAAGCAGACCUUACGCAGACGUGCGAGUUAUCGACUGUGGGGUGCUUGCUGCGAAGUCAGCCAAAGAUGUAUUUGAGAAAAAAAGGAAGAAACCAACUCACUCAGAAGAAUCGGAUUCCUCUUCGAAUUCCUCUUCCUCUUCAGAAUCAUCUUCAGAAAGUGAGGUUGAACAGGAGCGAAUCAGAAGAAGGAAACACAAGAGGAGGCCAAAAGUUAAGCAUUCUAAGAAGAGACGAAAGGAAGCAAGCGGUUCCGAAGAGCCCAGGAAUAAACACACAGUGAGCCCGAAAGGUCACUCUGAGAGGAGUGAUACCAAUGGGAAAAGGUCCGUCGAUUCGAAUGCUAAGAGGGAAAAGCCAGUGGUCCGCCCAGAAGAGAUACCGCCAGUGCCUGAGAACCGGUUUUUACUCAGAAGAGAUAUGCCUCUUGUCACAGUGGAACCUGAACCGAAGAUUCCUGAUGCUACACCCACUGUAAGUGAUCAGAAACCAUCUGUGUCAAAGUCUGGACGGAAGAUUAAAGGAAGGGGCACAAUUCGCUAUCACACACCUCCAAGAUCCAGGUCCUGUUCGGAGUCGGAUGACGACGACAGCAGUGAGACGCCCCCUCACUGGAAGGAGGAGAUGCAGAGACUGAGAGCCUACAGACCGCCCAGUGGGGAGAAGUGGAGUAAAGGAGAUAAGUUAAGUGACCCCUGUUCAAGCCGAUGGGAUGAAAGAAGCUUGUCCCAGAGAUCGAGAUCAUGGUCUUACAAUGGGUAUUAUUCAGACCUUAGUACAGCAAGGCACUCCGAUGGUCACCAUAAAAAACACAGAAAAGAGAAGAAGGUUAAGCAUAAAAAGAAAGCUAAAAAGCAGAAACAUUGCAGGAGACACAAACAGACUAAGAAGAGAAGGAUGAUUGUGCCAUCUGACAUAGAAUCCUCAAAAUCUUCCACCCGACGGAUGAAGCCGUCUGGUGAUAGAGAAGGGAGGUCGCGAUCUUCCUCAUCCACCUCUCGUCACUCGUCAAAGAGGGACUGGUCUAAAUCGGACAAGGAUGACCAGAGCUCUUCAACUCAUUCCAGCAGAGACUCCUACAGAUCAAAGUCUCACUCGCAGUCUUACUCUAGAGGAAGCUCAAGAUCAAGGACACCAUCAAAAUCCUCAUCACAUUCUCGAAGCCGAUCCAAGUCCAGAUCCAGUUCCAAGUCAGCGCACCAGCGGACAGCAUCAGAGUCACCACGAAGAACGGCCUCUCAGCUGAGUGAGAACAAACCCGUUAAAGCAGAACCUUUAAGAGCAGUAGUGCCACAAAAUGAAAGCAUCAUAGUACCACCCCCAGUGGUGGCAGAAAAUAUUCCCGUGAUACCGCUGAGUGACAGUCCCCCUCCUUCGAGGUGGAAGCCUGGGCAGAAGCCCUGGAAGCCCUCUUAUGAGCGAAUUCAGGAAAUGAAAGCGAAAACAACCCCUUUGCUGCCCAUCCAAAGCGCUUACAGUUUAGCAAGUAUUAAAGAGACUGGUGGCUCAUCAUCCUACCACAAAAGAGAAAAGAAUUCGGAAAGUGACCGGAGUGCUUACUCAAAAUACAGUGACAGAAGUUCAGAAAGUUCACCAAGGUCAAGAAGCAGAUCCUCCAGGAGCAGAUCUUACUCCAGAUCGUACUCCAGGUCACGAAGCGUAGCUAGUUCGCGUUCCAGGUCUAGGUCUCCCUCCUCCAGAUCUCAUUCGCGGAACAAGUACAGUGACCGUUCCCAGUACAGUCGAUCAUCUUCGUACUCUUCUGUCAGCAGUGACGCCGGCAGGCGAGCCAAGAGGAAACUGAGGUCCCGUGGGAAAAAAAGUAGCGCUUCAAAUAAAAGGCGCAGCAGCAGCUCUGAAAAGACACUUCGCAAUAAAUACGUGAAGGGCAGAGACAAGUCGUCAUGUCAGAGAAAGUACAGCGAAAGCAAGUCAUCUUUGGAUUAUUCUUCGGACAGCGAUCGGUCAAGUGUCCAGGCUACACAGUCCACCCAGGGGAGAGGGAAGCAAGCCCAAACGGAAAUGAACAAUAAACAAGAGAAAAACAGAGACGGAGGGAAAUCCAGGCCUGAACAGGAACGCCCUCAUUCAAAAAGAACUCUGAAAGGGGAUCUCUCCGAUCACUUUAGAAAUGGCGGUAAGCCCAAAAGGAAGAAUUACGCUGGGAGCAAAUGGGACUCAGAGUCCAAUUCUGAACGAGACAUAACCAAAAACAGUAAAAGUAACUCCCGGCCGUCUUCCGAUAAGGAGGAAGGGGAGGCCACGUCAGAUUCCGAAUCAGAGUUCGGUGAAACUCACACCAAAGCCAAACCCACAGCAAAGGCUUCGGCAGGCCCUUCGCCGGGCGAUGGCAGCGGUGCUCGGAGGCCGGGCAGACAGCGGCCCUCGGCCUCGGACUCGGAGGGGUCCUGUGGCGACUCGGAGCACCCUCGGGGGAAGCCGCGGAAGCGCAAGCACGGGUCAAAGGAGAACCUCAAGAGGGAACACACCAAAAAAGUGAAAGAGAAAACAAAGGGCAAGAAAGACAAAAAGCACAAGGCUCCAAAACGAAAACAGGCCUUCCACUGGCAGCCUCCACUGGAAUUUGGGGAAGAGGAGGAGGAGGAGGUUAGUGAAAAGCAAGUGACUCAGGAGUCACAGGAGAAAAAACAAGUGUCUGAAAACAGCGAAACCACAAAGGAAAAUACCCCCCAACCUGAGAAGCCCCAUGAAGAUGGCAGCCUCUCAGGCAAACAGAACUCGGCGGCGACCUCCUCGGGUGCCGAGCAGCCGGCCGACGACGACGACGGUAAACUCGGCGCCUCUCCCGCACCUUCACGCGCAGAGGAGAAGGUGGCCGGUUCGCCCCCACGCCUUCAGCCCCUCGAAGAAAGUGUCUCCAGCGGCGUGGAGGACGUGUUCCAAGCCGAUGACAACAUGGAGAUUUGCACCCCGGAUAGGAGUUCCCCAGCAAAGGUGGAGGGGGCGUCCCCUCUGGGGGGUGCGCGGCCGGAUGUGCCCGAGGUGGGCCUUGUGACGGAGGAGGUGCAGGCGGAGCACCCCGAGGCAGAGGCGCGCACUCAGGACAGCAGCGUGACCGAAGGCCCCGCCGCCACGGUGGGCGAGGCGGGGAGAGCGGACGGCGGGCCUGCGGGCCCGGCCGGCGCCGUGGAAAGCACGGCGAGGAAGGAGGUGGCCGACAGGGGCCAGCUCGGCCUCCUGGACAAUAAGUGGAAGCCCCUGCAAGGGGCGGGCCACCUGGCAGCACCGGCGACUGUCACAUCCAGCGCCCUGGAAGGCAAGGCGUUGACCGCUCUGCCUGAAGUGAAGCCGCAAGGCUUGAGGAUCGAAAUUAAAAGCAAAAAUAAAGUGCGGCCUGGGUCUCUCUUUGAUGAAGUAAGAAAGACGGCACGCUUGAACCGGAGGCCGAGAAAUCAGGAGAGUUCAAGUGAUGAGCAGACGCCUAGUCGGGACGGCGACAGCCAGUCCCGGAGCCCCAGUCGGUCUCGCAGUAAAUCCGAAACCAAGUCCAGACACAGAACGCGGUCUGUCUCCUACAGUCACUCGAGAAGUCGGUCUCGAAGUUCCACGUCAUCUUAUCGAUCAAGAAGCUAUUCUCGAAGUCGGAGCAGAGGGUGGUACAGCAGGGGCCGCACGAGAAGCCGGAGCAGUUCCUCCCGCAGCUACAAAAGUCACAGGACGUCCAGCAGGAGCAGAUCCAGGAGCAGCUCGUAUGACCCCCACAGUCGGUCCAGGUCCUACACGUACGACAGCUACGACAGCAGGAGCCGGAGUCGCAGCAGAAGCCAGAGGAGCGACAGUUACCACCGAGGCAGGAGCUACAACAGGCGGUCCAGGAGUUGUAGAUCUUACGGCUCUGACAGCGAAAGUGACCGAAGUUACUCUCAUCGCCGGAGUCCCAGUGAAAGCAGCAGAUAUAGUUGAAAAUGCCCCCUUUUUUGAUACAGAUUAUAUCUUAUUUGUAAAUAUCUGGUAACUUAAAAGUGUAAGAAACGUAAUGGCAGUCUGUUGUUCUAUUUCAAUAUUAGAGAUGAAUUUCAAAAGUAGACACUUCUUAAUUGUUACUCAUUCCUUGUGUGCAGAAUUUAAAGUACAGAUAUGUCUCCUAAAAAUAUUUUUAUGCCACAUUUUACAGUAGCCAGCUAUGGAAGUGAAAUUUCAUUUUCUUGAAUCAAGAAACCAUGAACUCUUAGUAUAAUUUGCAAUAUUAUUUUGGAUAGACUAUUUCUCUCCAUUCACGUAUUCCUUAGAGUACGGACUCUUUCUGCCCGUCGUCAGGUUCUGGUAUGUGUGCUGCCGAGCACAGGCCCGUGGAGAACCGUGGAAGGCGGCCAGGUGUCCGCACACCUGGUACAGAGCCCCGUGCGCCCGUGCUCUUGGAGACACACCACCCGGCUGCACACCGCCGGCAGCCAGGAUGGGGCGGCGGCGCUGGGGCUCUCCGCUCCUUCCUUCCUCCUCCGUCGUCUCCGAGGACUGGGAGAGUGGUCACCGAACAGCCUGCUGUCUGUACUACUUCUGGCUGGCAGGCGUGAGGGUAAGAGGAAUAAACCAGCCUUAACUCUCAGUACCUACACUGUCUCUAAGGGCCUACCGUUCACGUGCUUUCUAAUCAGUAAGAUCAGAAGUUCGGACUGGAAAGGACAGUUCCGUUCCAGUCCACCCUCUGGUGCUUGGUGCUUUUCGGUGCCCCUUGAAGCCUCGUUCUUCUCUACUAUACAUUACAGUCUCACGAGAGAGAGAGAUUAAUUUUUUAUUCGCCGGCACCAAACAUGGUUCCUUCUGAGCUGUAUUCACUUCAACUGUUUAGAGGGGUUCUCUCAAGCCACAGGCGUGGGCUGGGGGCCUCCCGGACCGGGCAGGGUUGGCAGAGGGGGCUGUGUGGCCACACAGGCCUGCUGCAUGUGACUGGCGGGUGUGCCUCUGGAGGAGCGGAUCGAAGACUGGACUUCAGAAGUAACAGCGGAGCCUACCUGCCGCCAUCCUGGACGCUUCGCAGGGCCUUUGGGUCCAGUGGCCGACCGACCACAGGAGCAGCCGAGCGGCGCUCGGCACCAGCCGCACUCCCCGUUUGCGCCGUGUCCCGCGCUGACGCGGUGGGGGGGCCCUGCGUGACGGGUGCGCCCAGGGCAAAGGGAAAGAGGGGCAUACGGGAUGGCGUACACCGCACGUUUUCACAGUUCUGGGUGGUUCCUCCAAAAAUGUGUGGUUGGUGAAAGCCGGUGUGAUUUUUUUUUUAAUCUAGUUGGCGUUCCCCCAAGUGUACUUAUCACCUUAGUGCCAGCUGAGUCCGGUCACGCAGGAGAAGUUCACACUGGGUGUUCGGGCAGGACGCGGUGCCGCCCCACCCAGGCCGCGCCCGGGGUGCUGGGGAAGGGGGGGCGCCUCCGGAGGGGGACCUGGUAGCCCUUGGUGGAUGGAGGGGUGGCCUUGGAUGUGUUCAAACCGUUACCCGGAAACGGUUCCUAAACAGGGUCAAGGGGUCAGUCGUUUGCCAGGUCGAUAGAGUGCGUCAGAAAACGAGACCCAAGUCACACAGACAUACUGUCUGACACAGUGACUACAAAAUGUUGUGAUUCACAUGAAGGGUUUUCAAAAGUUGCCUGCAGUGGAGACUAUUGCUGUAAUAAUACUCUGGGAGAAAUCAGUAUUCAGAGCCCAAACAAAAACUGCCAAAUCUCAUUAUGUUGAGGAAAGUUACUGCUGGGCAGUGGAUACGUUUACCUCGUCAAGAACGACUCCAGACUCAGCAGCUUAAACAGCACCCACUUCUUAGCUCCCGGUUCUGUAGCUCGUGCGUCCAGCUCGGCAGGGCUGGGCUCGGCUCAGGGCCUCGCGGGGCAGGAACCGGGGUCCGCAGGGCAGCGUUCCCCCUGCCGGGGGCUCCAGGGAAGGCGCUGCUCCCAGGUCCGUGCAGGGGCUGGCAGUACUCUGUUCCUGGGCGGGGGCCUUUCUCUCGGCGCCUCCUCCAGGCUCCCCAGGUCCCAGUUCCCCUUCGUGCGCUCCUUCUCCCCAUCUGCAGACCAGCGAGGGCCCAGCGAGUCCUCCUCCUCCGAUCUCCCUCCUCCUCUAUGUUAAGGGUCAUGCGAUUCCCUGGAGCCCACCGAGGCAGUCCCCCCAUUUCAAGGUCAUAGAACGGACCCCCACGGGAGCGGUCCCCUAGGCACAGGUUCCUGGGUGGGGGCACAGAACAGGGCAGGGGCCCUGUAGAAGCCGGCCUCCCGCGGGCAGUCCCUUUGCCCCCCCGGGCCGGCAGCCUGGCCCGGGAGCCUCAUCGGUUCUCUCUGUGGAAAAGAGCGACGCCCAGCGUGCGUGUUUGCCGCGUGAGCUGCAGAGACGGCUGUUCUUCCUGAGGGGACUGUUCUGUGUUUUAAGGUAAUUUUUAAUGAAAUCGAAUUAUGUUGCGUUCUGUGCUGCUUAAUAGAAAAUGCAUUAUCGGGCUGUUUUUGUAAGGUCCCGUUUACUGCAAAUGCAACAUGAUAUAGCUGGUGUUUAAAAACUAGAAGAACUUUUGUACAUAUCAGCAGCGUCUAAUUUGUAUACACUUCAUUUAAAUUCCCCUAAAACUUGAAAGGGGCGCCUUGUAGAAAUUAAAACGUGUACUUAGUUUA